UUCUUCUUGGACGUUCUCAUAAGAUAGUAUUUUCAAUACGAAAUUGUUGUUGUUGUGAUCUUUUGGGUUAGUUUUUUCCCACUGUGGUCAGCGCUUUGUGUCACAUUUGUCAAAAGGUGAGAAGCGUGGUAGCCUGAAUUCAGGACUCCAAAGACGGUGUUUUGUGCUUGCAUCUGAACGCGGUACGGUGCAUGUCAUCAGUGGAAAGCAAAAGGACAAUCCUAUUCAGUGGUUUUGUGCUAGUGUCGAGUGUUUUGAAUGGAGUCGUGAAAUUCAGUGCAAAUUCCUGUGAUAGAAUAGUUUGCUUAGGAAACUAUACAAAUACGGACUUGAAUCGGAUGCUGCGAUUGCAGAUGUUUUUUCGAUUUGUACCAUGAUAGGAUAGGCGUCACGAGCACUAUCCUUGCUCAAACGGUUUGUCUAAAAGUCACACUGCCGCCCACUAUCGGUAAGGGGGUUGAUUUUCGGAUGUGUCACUCCGAUGCCGGGUCCUAAGCGCUGUUUACCCAUACUGCCGAAGGAUUCACUACUGCUGUGACUUUUCAACUUUUCUGGAAUAGUUUAUUCGAGAGUGUGACUCAAGGAUCAACCCAUUCCUACACCCGGCUUAAGGAGACUGUUUCGAUGUUGGAAUACGUAAUACGAAGUCUCUCCGUGUAGUGACACGGGAAUUUACUUAGCCCAGCCUCAGUAUGUGUCCCGAGUAAGUGCAAUCCGAAAACAUGAAUUAUUUAUAAAGAGUUUGCUCUCCUCACGGCCAAAACAGAAGGAUUAAGGGUUUCUCAUAACGAUGGUCUCCAUGCUAUACAAAUAUGUAUUGUCUUAGCUCAAUUCAGGAGAUGGAGCAGUUUCAAUGUGGGAUGGAGUUUACAACCGAAACUCCAAAAGUGCCAAAUAAAACAUUCAGCCUACGACAUUGGUUAAGUAUUCGAUGUUGAUAUUGUGGUGAUCCUUAGUGGUAUAAACACACAAGUGAACGUGAAAGUAUCCUUUAAAGAUUAAUUGCUUUUCGAAAAAUCAAUUGAAUACAAAGAUUUCAUUCAGAGUCGUAUCCCAUCUAAUUUCCAUCUCUAGAAAGUGUAACAUGAAGUGAUUCCUGCCGGGAGUUUAUCAGUGUUUGUGUUUGGAGCCCCUCAGUGCCGCGCCCUUCUCAAACGUGAAUGGGAAUAUGUGUCGAUAUGUGAUCACUCGUGUACAAUGUUGUCUUCAUAAGGUGUUCAACCCCUACGUGUCGAGAUUCUAUCCUACGAGUUUUCUGCUUAUCCUCUUAACGGGGCCAGGAAUCCCAUGAAGUAGCUGUGCAUAAAAUUCCUUGUGACACAUUCAAGUUGAUUUUAGAGCAACCAAGUCACAUUGUCAAUAAGUGAAAACUCACGGUGUAGCUGGUUCGUAUAACGAGCUUCGCUGAAUUGAAUGGGAUUGUUGCUUGCCUGUGUGGUCAGCUCGGCACCGAUGAUUUGUCGACCGAAAGUAAUUGAUCAAUAUCAGCGGAAUGGACUGAUGGAGCCUGGAAUUAUAACUCAUGGAAAUUUCAACGAACUUUCCGAUUGAAAGAGACGAGAUUUAUUGUUCUGCUACAAUCGUCCGCCAUGACAAAUUGCACACUCUCCAGCGAUGCGCGGAUGAUAAAAACCGAAAUAAUAUCAUUCGCCGACACAAUACCAUGGCUCCACUCAUAGUAUUAAAUCUGAAAAAUUAGAACGUGUAUAACUAGGAUUGAACCGUAAUUUAAGUAGUCAACGAAAGAAGGAUGGAUGCGAAGAUGAUUUGUAGAACGAAUUCAGUUUUGAUCCUUCUGAUUUUUUGCACACUGUGUCAACUAACAUCGAGCUCAACGGCGAAUCUUUAUAAAAAUAUGAGACCAGGACAUCGAAUAGUGCAAACACGCUACGGAAAACUUCAUGGCGUCAUCCUGCCACUGGACCAUUUUAGAUAUUUACGAUCUGUGGAAGCGUUCCUGGGCGUCCCGUAUGCAACACCACCAACGAAAUCUAACAGAUUCAGUCCAACGAGAGCUCCAUCACCUUGGGAUGGUGUUCGACUGGCUGACCGCUAUAGUGCCGUAUGUCCACAACGAUUACCCAACAUACAGAAUGAAACGGCAGCUUUAGAAAAAAUGCCCAAGGGACGAUUAGAAUACUUAAAAAGGCUUAUACCUUUCCUACAGGAUCAAUCAGAAGACUGCUUAUAUCUAAACGUAUUUUCACCUAUUCACGCGGCAACGUCAGAAAAAAAGCUUCCUGUCAUCGUAUUUCUGCAUGGAGAGUCAUUCGAAUGGAGCAGCGGCAAUCCUUACGAUGGAUCCGUGCUCGCAGGUUACGGGGACGUUGUUGUAGUCACAUUGAAUUAUCGAUUAGGAAUACUAGGUUUUUUAAAUGCAAAUCCAAGUCCACACAUUAGAGCUCGAGUGGCGAACUAUGGUUUAAUGGAUCAAAUGGCAGCGUUGCACUGGGUGCAACAGAAUAUCAUGAAAUUCGGCGGUGACCCAAAUAUGGUUACAUUAGCAGGCCAUGGAACCGGAGCCGCAUGUAUAAAUUUUCUUAUGACGUCACCGACCAUGGUACCGGGUCUGUUUCAUCGUACCAUUCUUCUGUCAGGAUCCGCGUAUGCGUCCUGGGCGCUCGUGGAGGAUCCGGUAGUCUAUGCUUUAAAAUUAGCUAAGGAAGUUAAUUGCUCCAUACCGGAGGACUUAAUUAAGAACCAUGAACAAAUUGUCGACUGUUUACGUGACGUCGCACUCGAGGAGCUACAAAGUGCCGACAUUCAAGCCCCCAAUUUUCUCACUGCCUUCGGUCCCUCGAUUGAUGGCGUCGUAAUUCGAUCCGGGCACAGCAAUCAGGAGACAGACGAGCCAAUGAACCGAAACUCAAAACGCUCCCAGGAGAAUUCAGGACGUUACGAUGUGCUUUUUGGUGUUGUGACGGGGGAGGCAAUAUGGAGAUUUAGUGCGGCUGAUAUUCAAAAUGGCUUCGAAGGUGAACGACGGGAUAGAAUUAUUAGAACUUACGUCCGGAAUGCCUACUCCUAUCAUUUGAACGAGAUAUUUUACACGAUUGUCAACGAAUACACAGACUGGGAUCGGACGUCACAACACCCUAUCAAUACUCGAGACACAGCUGUUGCAGCACUUUCGGAUGCACAGUACAUUGCACCGUUGAUCCGAACUGCCGAUAUGCUAGCACCACCCCCCGCAGCUCCCACAGGGAACGGUCAAGAUGGUAAAGUGGGCCCCAAAUGCUACUUCUACGUGUUUGACUACCAAACAAAGGAUGGCGACUAUCCGCAAAGAAUGGGAACCGUCCAUGGCGAGGAUCUACCCUAUAUUUUCGGUGCACCACUUGUCGAGGGAUUCAGCCACUUUCCAAGCAAUUACACUAAAUCUGAGGUCGCACUGUCCGAAGCUGUUAUGAUAUAUUGGAGCAAUUUCGCUAGGACGGGGAAUCCAAAUGAGCCUCAUCGACAAGACACAAUGCUACCAGCUGCCAAGGAACGCAGUCGCUUCCGAAGUAUAAUGUGGGAGGAAUACGAUUCGCUUCAUCAGAAAUAUCUCGAAAUAGGAAUGAAGCCGCGCAUUAAGAAUCACUUCCGAGCCCAUCAGCUUUCGAUCUGGCUACGAUUAAUACCUGAACUUCAUAAAGCCGGCAUGGAGGACGUAAUUGCACGACAUAAUUUAUUUAAAAAUCACGACGACAUGAAUUUAUAUGAUGGCCUCGUAAAGCCUGACUCGUUGUCUCGCCUCUCGAUUCUCGAGGAUGCACUUAAAAGGACGUCCGGCAAUUCAAGCAACAUUGGAGUUCUCAGCGGAAUCACAACAGUUGAACCAUCAUCACUCACAACCUGCAUUCCGCUGAGUGCCAACUAUAGUGCCUUCGCGCCUACCACUAUCGUAAAUGCUACCACGGACACAUUGUCCGGCUUCGAAGCGGCAGGAUAUGCUGCCUAUUCUACAGCGCUAAGUGUAACCAUUGCCAUCGGAUGCAGUCUCCUCAUCCUGAAUGUCCUGAUUUUUGCAGGCGUUUACUAUCAGCGCGAUAAAACCCGCCUCGAAGUCAAAAGCCUGCAAAAGCAAUACCAACAGCGCGGUAUGCAUCAACAAGUUCCUUUCGAUCCUAUAAAACACGCCCACUAUCAUUUAGGUCAUUCGCAGAGUGCUAAUGUGAUUGUGGAUGUAGAGAAUCACGAUGCGGGCACAAUACUGCUAUCGGGAGACGUAAAAUCGCCUCAUAUUUGCUCAAAUGCAAUGCAAAUUAAUGCUGGAUGCGGCAUGCCAACGAAGGUACCGCUUGCGGACAAUGUGUCCUAUGCAGGAAGUGGCGGUGGAGGAGGAGGAGGGAGCACUGGAGGUGGAAAACAGCCGCGCGAACAUAUUCCCAUGAAAAAUACCCAAACGUUUGGUAGGAACAAUACAGGGAGCAGCGGAAAUAGUGGUGGGGGUGGGGGCGGAACAGGAAAUUCGGGAUCAAGCUAUACGAAUCCAGGUGUCAUGACCCUGCCGAAAGCAAGUUCAUUGCAUCAUACAACGACACUGAGCUACAGUAGAGGUGGAGCUGGAGGAGGAGGAGGAGGCAUUUCUAGCGUUGGAGGCGAUUGUAUGACACUGCCAAGGAAUAUUAAUUCAUCGACACACAACAAUCCAUCCUCGGGAACAACAGAAGCACAAUCGAACAAGCUUCAACCCAACGGCAGCCUUCUGGGCAUCCAUCAUAUACGAGCACCAAGACCACCCAUACGAACGGCAUCAAUUAAUUCACCGGAACAAUCAACAGCCAUUUGUGCGACAUCGGUUUCGCUUCAAGUACAAGGACAUCAUGGACAAGCCAACAAACAUAGUCAUAGUCAUCAAACGCAACAACAGCAACAGCAACAACAACAGCAACAGCAGCAGGAUCAAUUACAUAGUCUGAAUAGUUCUCAUCUGCAGCAGCAAUUACCGCAAGCGGCAAUCGAUGAGAUGCGAGUGUGAUAGGCAAGGGGGUGGGAGCACGACAACAACCAGUCGAUGCGACAACAAACAUCCGUUUCAAAAACUAUCAGCGCUAAUGCUCCUGCACACCCUCCUACGCGCCACAAUGUACGUUUCUCCGAGGACUACGCAUGACCUACGGAAAAAUAACUUUAUCAGAAGUAAACCUAAUUUGCGCGGUCUGCAUAUGUUGAAUUGAAGAAAUCUGAUUGAAGUGUUAGGUGAUAAAAUUUUAAUUCAUAAGUAGAUAAUUAUAAAUAAUAAAAUCAGAUUAAAAUGACGAAGGAAUGAACCCUUAUGAAAGUGAAUCGCUCAGUAGAGAAAAACACUCAUUUUCGGAAAAAAAUGCUAUUCUGCCAACAAGAAGUAUUUUAAGAUAACAUUAGUUGCAUAAUGAUGGCAAGAAUAUAAAAGAAAUGCAAAAUUUCGUUGUGUAAUGAAUUUUGUUUUGUGAUAACAAUCCUGAAUUGAAAUGCGAAACCUAAAUUUGCUAAAUCUGAAAUCCCAGCUCUCCUACAAAAUUUGUAUCAUCUUCCGUACUAGUGCGCUAUUUAGAUUAUGAUGUAUGUCAAAGUAAAACUACUAAAAACUGAAAAAAAUUAAAAGUAACGUAGUUUUUGUAAAAAAGAUACACUUUCGGGCACAUAUCGUACUAAAAAAGAUGCAACAAGAAUACUCGUAUCUAAACCAAAGCCCGUUUACUGUAGCGAGAAUUAUUGCAAAUUUGAGUGAAUUACCAAAAAGCCCCGCUCAUAGCGAAGUAAGUAUCACCACUUUUAAAUGUAACGAACCCAAGCAUCAAUGUACUCGUGUUUUUAAUGAGCUCAAUAAAUAAUCGAGUAUAAAGUAUGAUUAGAUAAAUUAUAUAAAAAAUUAUAGAAUCGAUCAAAUAUUUACGAUUAAGCUAAGCUACAAGGAGAAGUAAUUGUAAGUGGAGAAGUUAGCAUAAUACCAAGACACUAUUAUUUUGUUUCACAAAACCAUAAUGUUGAAAGAGAACAUAAUGUUUCCUCCAUGACGAAGGGUGUGUUCAACUAUUGCUAUUAUAAGGAAAGAAUCUAUUCUGUAUAGAAGUGAAAGAACGAAACAAACAAACUCACAAAAGAAGUCAUAUCAGAUAAUCAUAAACCCAAUGAAAUGCAAAAAUUCAAAGUAAAUAUGGACCCGAACUUCAAUUUGGAAACUUUAUAUUUUCUUUCAAUUCGCAUAGCGACAUGGAAAAAAGACUUGAGAAGUUUAACUAGAAUUUUUGCUACUUGAUACUUAUAGUUGAAAUGUUAAUGUUAGUAGUCUAAUGUACCCGUUGUAUAGUGUUAGUGUUAAGUAUUUCUACAUUGAACGGUUUGGGGAUAGCUGCAGUGACUCUGGCAGAAAAACAUUGGGGAAAAAACCCCAAUGGAUCUCUUUAUGCAAUAACCAAAAAUCUGGCGCUUCCUUAAUUAAUAUGCUUCUACAAUGACACAUCUUCCCUAAAGGAAAACAUUUCCGACAAUCAACACAAUAAUAUACGCGAGCGACCCGUCUUGUCAACCAACAGCACCUCAGGCUUGUCAUAUGGAGUAUGGCGAUCAGUCAGAACUUGCCGGUCCAAUACAUGCUGUAAGCAUAACAGUACAGCCAGAAAUGAGAUGGCCCAAUGUCUCUAACGCAGAACCACACAUUCUGCAC